AUGUCUUUCGUCCUCUACGUUGAGUUAGCUUCAUCUUUACCACCGAGACCUGGUGAUGGGAUUUUUGCAACAGCGACAUGGAUUCAAAAUGAUACUAGUGUGGCUGGUGCCAAUGGUCAAGGGUCUGCAGAAAAUCAUCGUGUAGUCAAAUGGUAUCGUGGCAUCUCUAGUGGACAUUUAGUGGCAGGUGGACAUGGGCAAGGAAACCAUAGCGAUCAAUUGAAUGAACCGUCCAAUGUUUUACUGGAUAAAAAUGAAACAAUGUAUAUAAGUGACAAUGGUAAUAGACGUAUUCAACGAUGGUCUCGAGAUGCUCAAAAUGGAGAAACAAUUAUUGAAAAUAUCUCUACGUUAGGUAUAGCACAAGAUGAUCAAGGAUCACUUUAUGUGUCUGAUUCGAUCGCAAGUGAAGUGAAAAAAUGGCGUGUUGGUGAGACGAUUGGACAAGUGAUCAUUUCGGGACUAAAUCAACCCAAUGCAUUGUUUGUUGAUCGAAAUCGAUCGGUCUAUGUGACGGACAUGCAUAAUCACCUAGUGAUAAAAGUGGAUGAAGGAACAACACAAUUUUCGAUUGUUGCUGGUGGAUCUCAUGGUCACGAGUCAAAUCAUUUAUUAUUCCCUCUCGCUGUUAUUGUUGAUGCGUUUGACACUGUUUAUGUGGCCGAUACUAAUAAUCAUCGAUUAAUGUGGUGGCCACGUGGAGCUAAAUCAGGUAGUAUCAUCAUCGGUAGUUGUGGCCAAGGUUCGCAAUCUGAUCAACUUAGUGGACCCACUGAUUUGUCAUUUGAUCUUGAAGGAAAUCUCUAUGUUCUCGAUCAUUAUAAUCAUCGUGUGCAAAAAUUUGCCCUUAAUAAGAGUUCAUGUUGA